AUGUCGUCGUCCUCGAUCCACGCCGACCCUYCGCCGCCCAUCGUCACCGAACCGACCGGAAUCGAUUAUGCCACAGGACCAGCGCUGGGGAAGGGAGGUUUUGCCAUUUGCCAUCGCGCGGAAAGAUAUGAAGACUGCAAACCAACUGGACAAAUUGUGGCCUUGAAGAUUGUGAAGACGAAGAUGGAGCCCGCGAAGCUCGCUCAAAAGUUUGUCACAGAAUUGCAGAUUCACAGCAAGCUGUCACAUCCCAAUGUCGUCACCUUCUAUCGCGCUUUUGCAUUUCAGACAUCCACAUAUGUCGUACUGGAGUUGUGUUCCAAUGGAUCUCUCGCGGACAUGCUCAAAAAGCGUAAAUUCCUCACACUUCCCGAAAUACGAAGGCUGGUAAUCCAGGUCUGCGGUGCCGUCAAGUAUCUUCACUGUCGACACAUUGUACAUCGCGACCUCAAAACUGGAAACCUAUUCCUUGAUAAGAACAUGAACGUCAAGGUGGGAGACUUCGGGCUGGCUGCUCUAUUGGUGACGGAAAAGGAAAUGGAGGUCAGGAGACGAACUACGAUGUGCGGAACACCAAACUACCUCGCCCCGGAAAUUCUGGAGAAGGGCAAGGGUCAUGACGAGAAGGUGGAUCUAUGGGCGAUUGGGGUCAUUGCAUACACACUUGCUGUAGGAAAGGCGCCCUUCCAUGCCAGCACCAAGGAGGAAAUCUACAAGAAACUCCGAUCGGGAACUUACACUUGGCCAGAGCUAAGCGCGACGACAAACCAAAGCUCAGACUUGAGGGAGCUUGUUUCAAGUCUGCUUGUACCAGAGGAGCAGAGACCUUUGCCGGAUCAGAUUGUCAGCCACUCUUUCUUCCGUAUUGCGUACGUGCCCAGCGGUAUCCCAGAUUCCGCGAGAACAAGAGCACCUGAGUGGCCUGCAGUCACCGUUCCCUCACCAGAUAUCGUCCGAAGAGGGUACAGCGAUACAUGGUAUGCCCUCUGCAAGGAGUCGGGUGUUGGCGAGCUGUCUCCUGGGAAUUGCUUUCCAUUGAACAAAGGCCGGAAAAUACGAAGUGUUGUGCACGACAUUGCCGUAGAGGAGGCGCUGGGGAAGACUCCGACGAUGCCUCUCCCGAGAGAUGUGGUGUAUACUUCGCCAGUGAACGAUCUUGAUGGAAAGUCCACCCUGUCGCAAUUCUCUGUACGAGGGUUGAAGGAGAUUGCCCACAAUGAGGUCGCAAUUACACGGCCAAGAGUGCAGACAGAGACAAGAACCAAGGACGCUGAGAUGAUGCCACCUCCGGUGGUACCAACACGCGCCGCCCGGUCGGGAUCCAUUCGCAAGACCGCCAGAACAAUCAGCGAAGAGGCUGCCAAAUCAUCCGAAACUGUCAAGAUUGCAUCUGAUUCAUCAUCCGGACCGUCUUCCUCUGCAACUCUCAAGGUCGGCAGAAUACGGCCUGCUCCAGUGGCCUCUAGCAGCGCCCCUGUAGUCCAAACAGCGCUCAAGGAAUCAAACAAGUCUUCAACUACUACGUCAACGAGCUAUCAGACUGCCAAGUCAUACYAAGGAUCAGAGGAUAACGAACAGCCAGAAGGCACGAUCAAGAGGAGCGCAGAUGCGAGCCUGGCGAGAAGGCCAAGAGGAGCAACGAAGACCGCGAAAGAACGUGCAGCAUCCCCUGUGGACACUGUAUCAGUUCAACCUGUGGCAGAGCUACCAGUGAGAAGCGCAAGGGUGCGAUCGAAGCCAUCGACCAACAAUUUUGGUCCGUUCUCCACCCUCGAAGAAUUGAAAGACACCCGUCCGCUUCCGUCCAGAUAUCGUAAGAAAGUUGCAUCUCCGGAGGUGAUAGAGAUCCACUCAGAUCCCGACUCGUCAUCCGGUAAAGACGACGUCCCAACAGCAGGAACACUUCGACUACCUCGUCCACCUCAAAUGACCCGAAGACUCCCACAGCCUCAGCGACGCCUAACACCAGAGGAAAGCAAUCCGCCAAUAGUUGGUACAGAUCCCUCCACGGUGCUUGCUAAUCUCGCCAUUUUCCGCGACAAUCUUGCAUCCGCAUUGUCAAAAUCUUCAUUGGCGGCCAAAACGGCAUCUUCGACACAUCAUCACGCCUCGACAGACUCUCUACCCUUUGUCUCCCGCUGGGUGGACUAUAGCCGCAAACACGGUGUUGGCUACGUACUCUCUGAUGGGACCGUCGGCUGUAUCAUUAACGCGACUGCAAAGCUCAACGUCCCUACCACGCCCGUCACCCAUGUCCUAGUCCGCAAUGGACAGCGAUGGCUGUCGAAGAUCGGGAAAGACAAGGCAUUCUCUGGCAUAGACCAGGUCCCACUGGAGAUCUUCGAGGACUGUGGCGACGAAGGCGUGAGGCGAAAGAUCUACAAGGGGCUAGGAAGCGUCAAAGAGGGACCUCUGGCUGUCGAAGCGGAGAGAAGAAGGGUACUGAGUGUAUUGUGGGUCAAGUUUGGGAGGUAUAUGUGCCAAAGUCUGGACGACAGCGGCAAGAGAGAGGAAGCCAAUCGAUCGAACGAGGGCGAAGGCAACUUUGUGCGUUUCUACCAGAGAAUCGGCAAUGUUGGUGUCUGGGGUUUUGUGGACGGUUCUUUGCAGGUUCACUUUCCCGACCAUACUAAGCUUGUGCUCUCGCCCUCCGGGCUUGCCAUCAGCGCCACAGUACUCAGCACCGAGGCCGCAGCUCACCUCAACCUCAAAGGCGAAUUGCUUCCCGCUCACGUCAACAGUCGGACUGUUCUUGCUGAUGAUGUGCACGCGUUGCUUUUUGAGGGCGGACGCUUACGACAAAGAAUCGUGCGCGCAAACCAAAUGACCGAGAAGCUGGCCUUUCUCCAGGACAUUGUCGGGCAAUGGGUUCGCAAUGACGGCCUGGGUCGUCUAGACGAGGACCACGACGAGGGGAAGAGAAUUAGCUGGGGUGGCAUGGCGACAAUGGACGCAAAGAAGGUGGRUCGGGUUUGUGUGGGGAGACACGGGGGAGACUCCCCAGCAAUGUAG